CGUUGUUUCUGAUACUGGACGAUGCGACCUAUCCGUGCGCGCCCUCACAUACACAAGAUACUGAGGUGAUCGCGUUUCAUUACAUUUUCUCCUGGCAUACCCGAAAGGUAUUGAAAAGAAGAUUAUCGAGACUGGUGUCACGCGGCUCGGAUCACAUACAUACCGGAGCGAAGCGACACCGUUUAGCUUUUACUUUGUCCUCGAUGAUGGCAGCCCAGGAUUUCAAUUUUUUACUUGCGACGGACUCUUAUAAGAUUACCCACUACAAGCAAUACCCACCCAAUGUCAGUAAAGUGUACUCCUAUUUCGAGUGUCGGCACAAAAAGGGGGAACAGUAUAACGAGGUGGUGUUUUUUGGCCUCCAGUAUCUUCUAAAGAAGUACCUAGCAGGUCGAGUUGUCACGGAGGAAAAGAUUCAGGAGGCAAAAGUCUUUUAUCAGAUGCACUUUAAACAGUCAGUGUUCGAUGAAGAGGGAUGGAGGAAAGUUUUAGAGAAAUAUGAUGGCCGCCUUCCAAUCCGUAUCAAAGCAGUUCCCGAGGGGAAGAUCAUUCCCAGAGGGAACGUUCUUUUCACUGUGGAGAACACGGAUCCAGAUUUCUUCUGGCUCACCAAUUAUAUUGAGACAAUGCUGCUCCAAAUGUGGUACCCCAUCACCGUGGCAACAAUCUCCAGGGAGUUCAAAAAGAUUCUGGCCAAGCACCUGAAGGCCACGUCAGGGAGCCUGGAAAGUCUGGACAUCAAACUACAUGAUUUUGGCUACAGAGGGGUGUCCUCACAAGAGUCGGCAGCACUUGGUGGAGCUGCUCAUCUGGUGAAUUUCUGCAGCACAGAUACAGUGGCGGGUCUGCUGAUGGCACAACGAUACUAUGCAUGUCCUAUGGCUGGAUUCUCCAUCCCUGCUGCAGAACACAGUACUAUCAUCUCCUGGGGCAAGAGCCGAGAGAAAGAUGCGUAUGAGUGUCUGCUGGACCAGUUUCCCUCUGGGCCUGUAGCUGUGGUUAGCGACAGUUAUGAUAUUUUUAAGGCUUGUAAGCACAUCUGGGGGGACAAGCUGAAGGAGAGAGUGAUGGAGAGGAGUGAGGAUUCUGCACUCAUUAUUCGUCCAGACUCCGGGGACCCCGCUCAGACCCUCAUAGAGGUGAUAAAGAUUUUGGAGGAGUGUUUCGGAUGUUCUCAGAACUCAGUUGGUUACAAGGUGCUCCCAUCAUACCUGCGCAUUAUCCAGGGGGAUGGAAUUGAUCUGAACUCAAUUAAUGAGAUUCUCGAGAAACUGAGCGAUGAGGGUUGGAGUGCUGAAAAUGUGUUUUUUGGUUGCGGAAGCGCACUGCUGCAGAAAAUCAACAGAGACACGCUAAACUGCGCUUUUAAGUGCAGCUAUGUGGAGACCAAUGGCAAAGGCAUGGACGUCUAUAAGCAGCCAGUGACAGACCCGUCUAAAGGAUCCAAGCGUGGUCGUCUCUCUCUGAGGAGAAAUUCAGAUGGCUUCAUUGAGACGGUGGAAAGAGGAGCAGGCAAACCACAGGAGGACAUGUUGGUGACUGUGUUUGAAAAUGGCACCAUCCUGCAGGAGUACACUCUGGAUGAGAUCCGUAAAGCUGCUCAGCUUUGGGAAGAAGACGUGAGCCCUUCCCAGCACAACAAAGAGGACAACAGUACCCUGGAGAGCCACCAGAAAUGCAUAAUGAACGGCGUGCAUUAAUAAACACAGUAUGCGCACUGUUCUCAACACUGCCCCCUACAGACCAACCACAGACCUAUUCCACAACGCUCAGAUGUUCAUCAAUAAAGCAGAACACAGUGUUGCCAAUACAAUAUACAAAUACAUAUCACAUCUGACUUUUAGACUUUUCAGGCAACCCUUAAAUUUUGGAUUUGGUUGCCACCGGUUUUUAUUAGUUCCUCCUUCAUUUUACCACACUUUGAGAUGCCAAAUACCUUUGUUGGUGCUUCAGAAACAUCUAAAUAUAUUUCAGGAGUAUAUGACGGCAGGGUUUGCAUUCGAUUGAUUGUAAUGUUGUUAAAGCAUCGCCUGGCAGUACAUUGAUAAAUGAAGGAAACUUAAUUUGAGGUGAUCUCAUGAUCGUAUCAGGGCUUCUGCACCAGCAAUUCUGCACAUGAUCCCGGUUUCUGAUGUGACGUACAAUGACACUCUCUGAAAAUGCAAAAAUUAGAUUUAGUCACUAUUUCACUUUUGGAGAAUUUUGGGUGUUCUUUUAAUAUUUUUUAGACACCCAUAAUGCCAAGAUAACAAUGAUGCAUUUUUUUUAAAAUUUUUUUUUUUAACAAUAAUCAGUUUUAAACUAUUCCCAUGUUGUGUUCAACAUAGAGACACACACUUGAAAAUGAUCCACCCGGUUUGUGUCUUCUUGCUGUUACAUAGCUCACGUAAAUUUGCUUCCUGACUUUUUAGAAUAAUACUUUCGUUGGCACAAUUUUGUUGGACAAAAUUCUUCUCUGGGGAUUUUAGAACAGCAAAUUGAUCCUGAUGUUAUAAACACUCUCAGUAAGUAAAUGCUGCAUAGAAAAGAAUCAAAAUGUUUCCUGAUAAUAGUUAUAGUGUGAUUUAUGUGGAGCUGGUUUUAGACUUCCAUCUGAGAUGCACAGAAUGCAUCAUACAAACACUUUGCAGUAUUCUGUCUCCAUACAGCUGCUGAUGGUGCCUUAAAAACCACUCGGACCUCAGUGCUCAGGUCACUCUCUCUUGCUUUGUCCUUUCCUCCCCUCAUUUUU